AUGGGGAAUGUUAGAGAUUGGAUGUAUUUACCUAGACGGUUACCUGAGUUUGAAUCUGGUGUCAUUGAAUUUCUUAAUGCCUCGUUUGCUAAGGUAGCAAAGGGUGGUCAAAUUUGUUGUCCUUGCAAACGAUGUAAGAACCGCUAUUGGUAUCGAAGGGAUAAAGUAUUUGACCAUUUAAAAGGGUAUGGGUUUGUAGAAAACUACUAUGUAUGGGUUUUUCAUGGAGAAAAAUCCUCACAAUCUAUGUCUAAUAUCGCCAUAGACGAUGAUGGAGCUGGUAUGCAUGACAAUUUUGAUGAAUUAUUGCAUGAUAGGUUUAGAGAUGUGGCAGAAGAAAUAAGUAUGGUGCAAGAAGGAUUAAAUGAAGAGGCCAAAAAGUUCUAUAAAGUGGUGGAAGAAGGAAAGCAAGAGUUGUUCCCAGGUUGUAAAAAUUUCACAAAGCUAUCUUUCAUCAUCCGACUUUUUCUCUACAAGACUCUUCAUGGGCUAAGUAAUGUAGCAUUUAAUGAUCUAUUACAACUUUUUCAAGAGGUGAUUCCUGAGACAAAACUUCCUGCUAGUUUUACACAAGCUAAAAAUAUCGUGAAGGAUUUGGGGCUUGAUUACAAAAAGAUUCCUGCAUGUCCGAAUGAUUGCAUGCUAUACUGGAAGGAUCAUGAAGAAGACGAUACCUGCCAUGUCUAUCAUACCUCUAAGUGGAAACAAAUGGAUGAGAAACAAGCGAGCAAGCAUGUCAAUGAGCAUUUCAAAAAAUCUUCAAAUAUUCCUGCUAAGGUUGUGUGGCAUUUUCCUUUAAAACCAAGGCUCCAAAGACUUUUCAUGUGCUUUGAAACAGCUAAAUAUAUGACGUGGCAUGACAAAGGACGUCCUAAUGAUGGAAACUUAAGACAUCCUGCGGAUGGGGAAAGCUAG